CUGUCCUAAGGUCAGUAGAUUUUUUGAGCUCUUUAAGAGCAAUAUCAAGCGAAUGUUUUAAUUUUAAACUUAAGUAACCUCCUUACUUGAACUUGAACCUGAGCUAUGUAAGGAAGUAUGUUGUGCUACAAAUUAAAAUGUCUUUACCGACUGGGCCUGUAAUGGGAAGAAAAACGCCCGAGUGUUUCAUUUGGGGUAUUAUAGACAUAUAGUAUGAUUGCAUGGUGGCGCAUGCAAUCAUGCUAUUUACAAGCAAGUGUGAUGGAAAAUAACAUAGCAGUGUAGUUAAUUAUUGACAUGUAGCCGUUAUGGCCAUCUCUACUGGCCUGCAAGAUUAUAACGAUAUUCUGUUCAUUUUUCCAGCCAAAUUCGUCCCGAACAACCCUGUCAGUGCAACAGCAGCGCGAAAAUGCAACAGCGACAUACCAGAUGGACACAGAACAUGAUAAAGAUGCACAGGCCAUCUUCGAGAAAGCACAAAAGGUGAACGAGGAGCUGCAGGGACAAGCUGACGACAAGAUUUACCGUGGUAUAAACAACUAUGCCCAAUAUUACAAGAAGCGCGACACGGCGGCUGGUAACGCGAGUUCUGGGCUAGUGCGCAAGGGCCCUAUAAGAGCCCCUGCUAACUUGCGAGCAACGGUGCGAUGGGAUUAUCAACCGGACAUAUGUAAAGAUUACAAAGAAACUGGAUUCUGUGGUUUUGGAGAUUCCUGCAAAUUUCUUCACGACAGAUCGGACUACAAACACGGGUGGCAACUGGAAAGGGAGGAAGCGGAGAAGGCUAGUGGGGCAGGGGCAGGGGGUGGCUCCGACAGCGACUACGAGAUAAAUAGCGACGACGAGUUGCCGUUCCGAUGUUUCAUUUGCCGGAACGCUUUCACCGACCCGGUCGUCACUAAAUGUAAGCAUUAUUUCUGCGAGAAAUGUGCACUAGCAAACUAUAAGAAAACAACGCGUUGCUUUAUUUGCAACGCGCAAACUAGCGGAAUGUUCAAUCCAGCGAAGGAAUUAGAAGCGAAGUUAAGAAAGGAAGAAAGUAGUGAUGAUGACAACGAUGAUGAUGAUGACGAUUAGUGAUGAUAUUAUGAUCAUUAAAGAGA